AUGGCAAAGCUUCAACCCACCGCAGUACCUCGACUAAAAGCCCAGAUCGACGCUGUGACAGGAACACCCGAUGGGAUCCCAGGUGUCGCCUUUGCUGCUGUGAAUAAAUCUGGCGAUGUCAUCUUCGAGCACGCUUCUGGCAAGCUUGGUUUUGGCCGUCCGGAGCCAAUGGAGCUUGAUAGCAUCUUCUGGCUGGCGAGUUGCACAAAGCUGAUCACAGGAAUUGCCUGUAUGCAAUUAGUUGAAAAGGGUGUGCUCAAUCUAGAUGACGUUGAGCUAGUUGAGAGAUUGUCCCCUGAGCUGAAAGCCGUGCAAGUCCUUCAGGACGAUGGCACGUUGGUGCCUAAGGAAAGAGAAAUCACGAUCCGAAUGCUAUUAACCCAUACAGCCGGCUUCGGCUACUCCUUCAUGAACAAGAAGCUCCUCAAUUCAUACGGAGCCAGAGGCCUGGAUGAGUUCACCGGUUCAUACUACGAAAUCCUCAGCCAGCCUCUUAUUCACCAGCCCGGUGAGAGAUUCGAGUACGGCAUCAACAUCGACUGGGUCGGCCUCCUAAUAGAACGCGCCACCAACACCUCCCUAAACGACUACUUUCAGGAGAACAUCUUCACCCCUCUAACCAUCAAAGAAAUCAACAUGUUCCCCACCCCCGCAAUGCUCUCCAGACUCUGUUUCAUGAACAAGCGCACCCCGGACGGAAAACUCUCCCUCAACGAACAAGGCCAUAUAACCCGCAACCAAUUCCUAGCCCAAACUCCCUCGGAAAGAAAACAGCUCUUCAACCACGGCGGCCAUGGCUUAUUUGGCCGUCCCAGUGAAUACAUCCAUAUCCUUUCUACGCUUCUUAACGACGGCACGCAUCCCAAAACGGGGAACAAAAUCCUAGAGAAGCAUACCGUCGAUGAAAUGUUUACGAAUCAGAUUCCCCAGUUUCCGGAUUUUGGACGUUGUGCCAUCAAUCCACCCCGCCUCGACCUAUCAAACCCUACCUCCGACUUCUACCCCGAGCCCAACAACCCCCCACAAGGCUGGGGACUUACCUUUUUCCUGCACGUGCAGGACAGUCACACCCACUCCAAGGGUGCAGCCUGGGCGCCCGGUCUGCCGAAUGUGUACUGGUGGUGUGAUCGCCAACGCGGGAUUGGGGGGAUGAUAGCGGCGCAGAUUUUGCCGUGGCUUGAUAAGGAAGUUUUGGGGUUUUGGGUGGGGUUGGAGGAGGCCAUUAAUGGGGCGAUUGAGGAAGAAAGAAGAUAG